AUUGGUUGUAUUGCAAUCACUCCACCCUUCAAAACCAACAUUCAUCGUCAUCAAGUCAUCAUCAUGAAGAUCACAUCCAAACACAUAGAAAGGGAUGGAUCAGGGAGUGUAUCACUUAUACCAGAAGAAGAUGAAGAUUUGUACCACAUUUACAAUUUACUCAAUAUUGGUGAUCAAGUAAGAGCACCAGCAGUACGAAAUGUGAAAUCUGAAUCAAGUACAGGAUCAAUAGAAUCACAUAGAGUAAGAGUCACUCUCACAAUUCAAGUAACAAAAACUUAUUUUGAUGCUACGGGAUCUAGUGCUCCUCCAGACCCAACAGCAGCAGGAGGUGCAAAUGCAGUAGCAGAAGGAGAAGGAUCCAUAACAGGUGCACUUGGAGGGGGAAGUGGCGGCGAAGGGGCAACGAUGCAGGUCUCAGGAAGGGUGGUAGCAGAGAAUAAACAUGUCAAGAUGGGAGCUUUCCAUACAUUGGAUUUAGAGGUUCAUCGUCAACUGACAAUCAUCAAAGAUAGCUGGGAUAGCAUACACUUGGAAAGGUUGAGCGAUAGUAGCGAUGUUGGACAGAGAGCGGAAGUCGGAGCUGUUGUUCUGGGAGAAGGUACAGCUGUUGUUUGUCUGCUAACAGAGCACAUGACAGUCAUACGACAACGGAUAGAGGUGCCCAUGCCUAGGAAGCACAAAUCGCUUCCCUCAUCUUCAAGUGGCGAUAAAGCACAUCUUCGAUUCCUUUCGUUGGUAUAUGAAGCAGUACUCAAAUUGCUAGGGUUGCCAGCUUUGCGUCUCAUCAUUCUAGCAAGUGCCGGUUUCACAAGGGAUACAGUAUACGAAUACCUAUUCUCAGAAGGGAUAAAGCGAGGCGAAAAGCUUCUGACAGGUAGCGAAGCAAAGCGAAAGUUCUUACGGAUACACGUCAGCAGUCCACAUGUUCAUAGCUUGAUGGAAGUUCUCAAAAGUCCAGAAGUGAGUUCACAACUGAAAGAUACCAAAUUUGCAAGAGAAGGUCAAAUGUUAGACAAAUUUCAGCGGAUGUUGGCUUCUGAUGAAUUACGAGCGUGGUAUGGCGAAUUUCAUGUGAUGAUGGCUGCCGCUCGUGGUGCGAUCGGAUCUUUGCUCAUAUCUGAUGGCUUAUUCCGAGCAAGUGAUCCUGCACGCAGAAAGCAUUUUGUUCAAUUAGUCGAAGAUGUUCGAGCGCAAGGAGGUGAUGUGAGCAUAUUCAGUGGAAUGCAUGAAACAGGUCGUCAAUUGAAUGGGCUGACGGGUAUUGCGGCUAUUCUACGAUACCCGUUGGACAUCGAAACAGCCGAAGAAGAGGACCGAGAGGAACAAGAACGAUUGAAAGCACAGGCUGAUGCGAAUAAGCAAGCCGCAUAGAUACGAUUUAUAGUCGCUCCAUAUUCAUAUCCGACAACCAUAGAAUGCUGUAUACCAUGCUUCAAAUACCAAAAGAUGUGCAAAUG